UCAUUGUGACACCGCCUCCCCUUAAGAAAUCGAAACCUAUCAGUGGAAUAAAAGCCGAGCUUGUGAAAAUCCGCAGCACACGUCCUGCUCCGAGGCACACACACCCAGUUCACCGUCUGACAAUGGCUUUUAAUCAGCAGACACCUUUUUAUAGCCCGAGGAUCCCCUUCACUGGAUCCAUCCAUGGUGGCCUGAAGGAGGGGAAGUCCAUCAACAUCGGAGGAAGAGUCCUACCUGGAGCUGAUAGGUUCCAUGUGAAUUUGCAGUGUGGUUCCAGGAACAAUGCAGACAUCGCUCUCCACUUUAACCCACGAUAUGACAGCCACCCUGCAUAUGUGGUUACCAACACCUUACAGCAUGGCAGUUGGGGCGCUGAAGAGAGGAAGCACAACUCGCCGAUCCCUGCUGGAUCUCCCUUUACCCUCCUCAUCACAGUCUCCCGUGAUUCCUAUCAGCUGAAUGUCAAUGGCAGCCACUUUAUGGAGUUCAGGCACCGCAUCCCAUUUCACCAGGUGGACACCAUCUCAGUAAGCGGGAAAGUAGAAAUUUCCUCCAUUGCCUUCCAGGACUCUAUGUUUCCUGCUCAGCCGGCAUUUCCUUCACAAGCCUAUCCCACCCAGGCUGGCUUCCCUGCUUUUCCAGGGUUUCCAACGUGUCCACCUCAUCCUGGAUUCCCCUCACAGCCUGGAUUCCCUUCACAGCCCGGAUUCCCUUCACAGCCCGGAUUCCCUUCACAGCCCGGAUUCCCUUCACAGCCCGGAUUCCCUUCACAGCCCGGAUUCCCGUCACAGCCCGGAUUCCCCUCACAGCCUGGAUUUCCUCCUGCAGCUCCUGCUGUUCCAUAUAAGAGCUUCAUCAGUGGUGGACUCACACCUGGCAGGACCAUCACGAUCCAGGGAACUGUUCGCCCCAAUGCAACAAGGUUUGUUGUGAAUCUUAGCCAUCAGAAUGGCAUCGCUCUGCAUUACAAUCCACGUUUCAACGAGAACGCCGUGGUUCGAAACACCAAGCAGAGGGAGCAGUGGGGUUCUGAGGAGCGAGGUGGAUCGAUGCCCUUCCGCCGGGGACAGCCUUUCACGCUGACUAUCUGUUGUGAGAGUCACUCCUUCAGAAUUGUGGCCAAUGGGAUGCAGGCACACACCUACAAGCAUCGGUUCACUCCAGUCCAACAUAUAAGCAACCUGGAGAUCGACGGUGACAUCACUCUGACCUCUGUGACAGUGUAGAGGUCCAGCAUCUGUGGCUGAUCUUGAUAAUCACAACAACCAUUGCAUGUAUGAAUAAGUUCACAUUAGUUGAUUACUUUAGGUAUUUACUAGAUAUUUUAUAUUAACCUCCGGUGUAUUCUUACAAUUUCUUAUUUCUAUAUAAUAAUAUUUUCUCCUGAAAAUUGAUUCUUAAAUGAAAAAUCCACCAACUAUAAUUAAAGUUAAUACAUUUGAUCAGGCAAAACUGAGCUACAAAUCUCAACCCAUUAUAGAUGAUGGGUUUAUUGAACAUCGGCCUGAACGCAGCUAAAAAUCAACAUGUCAAACGGAGGAUUUGUUAACAGUUCCAUUGAUAUUUGAAGGUUGAAGGCCUCUAAAAGUCAAAGUUGCUUCCUAAUUGCGUGAUAAUGUUUGUGAACCACUGUAAUUAAAAUAUAGCGUGACAACA